AUUUAAUUUGUCAAUGUCACUUUUGAAUUUUGAGGUUAUUUUUAGUUUAACAACAACUUUAUAAUAAUUUCUAAAAACUUUUCUUUUAGAUAAAAACUAAUAAUGGCUACAGUGAUAAAAGUCGCAAACGAGCAAGAAAUUAUUAAAAAGUUGUCAUCUUACAUUGAAAAAAUAUCUAACGACGCUAUUUUGAAUCGUGGAAAGUUUGUCGUCGGCCUUUCCGGAGGUUCAGUAGUGAAGUACCUAUGUGAGGGACUACCACAAGUGGACACAGAGUGGGACAAAUGGGUGAUAGCCUUCUGUGAUGAGAGGGUGGUGCCAGAGGACAGUGAGGACUCUACGUUUGGAACAUACGAGAAACAGUUGAUACCAAAAACCAGGCUGGACAGAAAACAGUUUGUUGUCAUAAAGCAGGAGGUGUCAGCUGAAGAAGCAGCCAAAGACUAUACAGAGCAGUUAGCUAAAGCAUUCCAAAGUGAGGACUUCAAAUUCGACUUGCUUCUACUGGGGAUGGGUCCAGACGGCCACACCUGCUCGCUCUUCCCUAAUCACCCUCUCCUGGAAGAGACUAAAUUGAAAGUGGCACCUAUUACUGACUCGCCUAAGCCUCCCCCAGCAAGAAUAACACUCACUUACCCGGUUAUCAAUAAUGCAAGGAAUUGUAUUUUUGCAAUAAGUGGGGCGGGCAAAGCUGAUAUGGUUAAACGCAUCCUAAAAGACAAGGAAGACCUGCCUGCAGGCAGAGUGAAGCCAGAAGCAGGUUCAGUUUACUGGAUCGUAGAUGACGCUGCUGCAGCACAUUUAUAAACAACU